AUGGCCGAGGUGAAGCCUGAGGACAUGGUGCAUCAUCAGCCCAUGGACCAGCUCCAGGGCUUCGAGUACUGCAUCGACUCCAAUCCUUCUUGGGGCGAAGGGAUUGCUUUGGGCUUCCAACACUACAUACUGUCCCUGGGCACUGCUGUCAUGAUCCCCACUUUGCUGGUUCCGCUUAUGGGUGGAAAUGAUAAUGACAAGGCCAAGGUGGUUCAAACACUGCUAUUUGUUACCGGGAUCAAGACACUGCUCCAGACGCUAUUUGGCACUCGUCUUCCCACAAUCAUGGGAGGUUCAUAUGCGUAUGUGGUUCCGAUCCUCUCCAUAAUCCGUGAUCCCUCGUUCGCACAGAUAGCGGAUGGCCAUACUAGAUUCCUGCAGACUAUGAGAGCCAUACAAGGUUCACUGAUUGUAUCCUCAAGCAUCCAAAUAAUUCUUGGAUAUAGCCAGUUGUGGGCAAUCUGUUCUAGAUUCUUUAGCCCACUUGGGAUGGUUCCUGUGGUUGCAUUGGUGGGGCUUGGCCUUUUCGAGAGAGGAUUCCCAGUGGUUGGGAAAUGCGUGGAGAUUGGUCUUCCAAUGCUUAUCCUCUUUGUUGCGCUUUCCCAGUAUCUCAAGCACGUGAAUAUUCGUCAUAUUCCUGUUUUGGAGAGGUUCUCACUUCUGAUGUGCAUCGCUCUUGUAUGGGUAUAUGCCCACAUCCUCACAGCAAGUGGUGCAUACAAGCACACAGCACUUGUCACCCAGAUCAACUGUCGGACAGACCGUGCCAAUCUCAUAUCUUCAUCACAAUGGAUAAGCAUUCCAUACCCUUUACAAUGGGGUGCACCAACAUUCAGUGCAGACCAUGCAUUCGGUAUGAUGGCAGCGGUGAUGGUUUCUUUAAUAGAGACCACGGGAGCAUUCAAAGCUGCUGCACGAUUGGCUAGUGCGACACCCCCACCAGCAUAUGUCCUGAGCAGAGGCAUUGGGUGGCAGGGCAUUGGCACCCUACUAGAUGGCCUGUUUGGCACUGGGACUGGUUCUACUGUUUCUGUUGAGAAUGUUGGUCUCCUAGGAUCAACAAGGGUUGGUAGCAGAAGAGUGAUACAAAUUUCUGCUGGUUUCAUGAUCUUCUUCUCCAUUCUAGGAAAAUUUGGAGCACUUUUUGCCUCAAUUCCUUUCACAAUAUUCGCUGCCAUUUACUGUGUUAUGUUUGGAAUUGUUGCUGCUGUGGGGCUCUCCUUUAUGCAGUUCACCAACAUGAACUCAAUGCGCAAUCUCUUCAUCAUCGGUGUCUCACUCUUCCUGGGUUUAUCUAUACCAGAGUACUUCUCUCGGUAUUCCACAAGUUCUCAACAAGGCCCAGCGCACACGAAAGCUGGAUGGUUCAAUGACUACAUCAACACUAUCUUCUCAUCACCGCCCACAGUCGCCCUCUUUGUAGCAGUACUCCUUGACAACACACUUGAUGUAAGAGAUGCAGCUAGGGACCGAGGAAUGCCAUGGUGGGCACGUUUCAGGACAUUCCGUGGCGACAGCAGGAACGAAGAGUUCUACACUCUGCCUUUCAACCUCAACAGAUUCUUUCCCCCGACUUAA